AGUUUGCUGUCGACCAUUAGUGUCAGCUGGUGGUUUCGUCAGAUGGUAUCGUGAAUCCUAUAAUAUCACAUCGAUCAUCGUGUAGAAGAAGGAGAUUCAAGAUGAGCGGAGGAAUGCCAGAAUUGGGCUCGAAGAUUAGUUUAAUAUCGAAAGCAGAUAUUCGCUAUGAGGGCCGACUUUUUACCGUUGAUCCUCAAGAAUGUACCAUUGCUCUAGCUAAUGUACGUUCUUUUGGUACUGAAGAUAGAGAAACUCAACUUCCAGUGGCACCGCAAAAUCAAGUGUAUGAAUACAUUUUAUUCCGUGGUUCAGAUAUUAAAGAUAUUAGAGUUGUCAAUAAUGUCAGCUCUAUUCCAAAUGAUCCAGCCAUUGUACAGAUGACGGUACAACCGUCUAUGAGCCAGCAAUCAUACCAGCCACAACCUAGUUAUGCUCAUCCAAUGAUGGGCCCAAUGGGUGGACAAUAUGGAGCACCCUAUGGCAUGACAAUGGGCACUAUGGGACCUGUAAUGGGAAUGCCAACUUCUGCUAGAGAUCCUCGUGGACCAAUGAAUAAACAGUCAAGUGAGUUGAGCUUGGGCUCUGCUGAACCCAAUGCCAUCUCUAUCCCAAACUCACUACCGACGGCCAAUGUCGACCCAUUACCAAAAGACCAAUCUCUGGAAGAUGGUGUAUUAGAUCUUAUUAGUGGAGGUUCACGAUCAACAACUCCAACUUCUUCUUUAUUGACUCGAAAAAGUCCAACUAUGGAUCAGGGUAUCCAAGUAGGCCAUCAGCAGCAACAGCAACAACAGGGUGGAAAUGUUGGCAAACUUGGUGAAAAAACAAAUAUGCGAACUAUUCAACCUGCUCGCCGCGAUCAUGACAGCCACAGUGGUAAUAAAGCAGGAGGCGCUGUAUCGCAGUAUAAUGAAGGAAAACGUGAUACAAUGAAGCAAGAUCAAUUACAAGGACAAGGUACGCAUGCUCAAGGUAAUCGAGGAAAUCGUGGUGGAUGGAUGAAUCGUGGGAAUAUGCGUGGCAGAGGAAGAGGUCGCGGUGGUUUUAGAAAUCAACCUGGUAAUGCUGGUGCCAAACCCAAAAAUACGCUGAAAUUCGAUAAUGAUUAUGACUUCGAACAAGCUAAUACUGAGUUUGAAGAAUUGAGAUCUCAGUUAGCAAAAACGAAAAUUGAUGCUGGUGCUGAUAACGAAAAGAAAGAUGAUAGUGGUAAUGAAACAGGAGCCGGUGAAGGUGAACCCGAGGAAGAACCCGAGAUAGUUCAUUAUGACAAGUCAAAAUCUUUCUUCGAUAACAUUAGCUGUGAAGCUGUUGAGAGAAGUAAAGGACGGUUCCAACGUACGGACUGGAGGACAGAGCGGAAACUGAACUCUGAAACAUUUGGUGUAGCGUCAACGAGACGCGGUAGUUUUCGUGGACGCGGUUACUAUAAUCGUGGAAUGGGAGGCAUGUAUCGAGGCAGUGGUGCAGGUGGUUCUGGUUUCCGUGGUGGUUAUAGAGGUUCCAGAGGUGGAAAUCGUAAACCUGCUAAUCAGCAGCAACAGAAUAAUCCUGGCAGUCAAAAUCGCACGACCAACGAACAAUCUGCUACUCAAUCGCAGCAGAAUAGUCGCGUUGUAUCUUUUUGAAUGAACAACGCACUAUUAUAUAUAUAUAUAUACAUAUAUAUAUAUACAUAUAUAUGUAUAUAUAUAUAAGUAUUCACUGUAGAUUAAGAUUUUUACGAUAUGUGCUCUGCCCUUAUGGACUGAUUUGAAUUCGAGUUUAAGAAGGAUUCAAUGAUUUAAAGGAACAAAAUAAAAGAAAAGAAGUUCUUUGAUAGAACUGUGAGUUUUUUGUAUCGUCAUGCAGAAACGUAGGAAACAAAACAGUGCUUUGCAGGUCCUGCGUUUAGAAUUUCUGGACAAAUAAUGAAUCUUAUUGUUAUAAGUAGUUAAUUUUCGAAAACUCGAUAUUCAAAACCAUCAUGUCCUACGAAUUAAGGAAACGUCGAAUGCUUCUGAAUGUAAUUAAGUACAAUACAUGAUAGAAUAUUUACAAAGAAACAUACAUGAAACAAGAAGUUUUAAAUUUUCAGUUAAUUUUUUUUUUUGAACGCUAUUAA